CUUGAUUGACAAGCCGGGACUAUUGGCUGAAGUUCCCCCCGCGAUUUGCAUGCCCAGAGAGGGAGUGUCCUCUGCCGCCCUCCUGCGCCACCGCGCAGCCCGCAGCCUCCCGGGGAAUGCGCGGCGGCGGGGAUGCGUGCGGCUCGCGGGCCGGGGCAGUAAGCUGGAGUCGGGCGACCUGGCGCCCGCGCCCGGAUAUGGGGAGUCUCAGUCGUCCUAGCAGCAGCGCCAGCCACGGAAACCUGCCGCAUCUGCUUCUGUUUUUCCUCUUCGUGGGACCGUUCAACUGUCUGGCGAGUUACAGCCGGGCCACAGAGAUUCUGUACAGCCUGAACGAGGGGCUGCCGGCGGGGGUGCUCAUCGGCAGCCUGGCGGAGGACUUGCGGCUGCUGCCCAGCGCAGGGGGACAGGACCUGCAGUCUCAGUCGCCUCAGCACAGCGUCGCCGAGAGGAACCCUCCUCUCUCCUUCAGCCUGGCCUCCCAGGGGCUGAGUGGCCAGUACGUGACCCUAGACAACCGCUCAGGGGAGCUACACACUUCUGCCCAGGAGAUCGACCGGGAGGCCUUGUGUCUUGAAGGAGGCGGAGGGAUUGCCUGGGGGGGCAGCAUUUCCAUCUCCUCUUCGCCUUCUGCUGACUCUUGUCUUUUGCUUCUGGAUGUCCUAGUCCUGCCUCAGGAAUACUUUAGGUUUGUGAAGGUAAAAAUCGCUAUCCGGGACAUCAAUGACAAUGCCCCGCGGUUCCCUAUUUCCCAAAUAUCAGUUUGGGUCCCAGAAAAUGCACCUGUAAACACCCGGCUGGCCAUAGAGCAUCCCGCCGUGGACCCAGAUAUGGGCACUAAUGGUGUUCAGACCUACCGGUUGCUGGACUACCAUCGUAUGUUCACCCUGGACGUGGAGGAGAAUGAGAAUGGGGAGCGCACCCCCUAUCUAAUUGUCAUGGGACUGUUGGACAGAGAGACCCAGGACCAGUAUGUGAGCAUCAUCAUAGCUGAGGAUGGUGGGUCUCCACCACUGAUAGGCAGUGCCACCCUCACCAUUGGAAUAAGUGACAUUAAUGACAAUUGCCCACUCUUCACAGACUCACAAAUCAACAUCACUGUGUAUGGGAAUGCUACUGUGGGCACACCAAUUGCAGCUGUUCAGGCUGUGGACAGAGACUUGGGAAACAAUGCUCAGAUCACCUAUUCUUACAGUCAGAAAGUUCCACAAGCAUCCAAGGAUUUAUUCCAUUUGAAUGAAAACACCGGGGUCAUUAAACUUUUCAGUAAGAUUGGAGGAAGUGUUCUGCAAACACACAAGCUCACCAUCCUUGCUAAUGGGCCAGGCUGCAUCCCUGCUGUGAUCACUGCCCUGGUGACUAUUAUCAAAGUCAUUUUCAGGCCACCUGAAAUCAUCCCUCGUUAUAUAGCGAAUCAGAUAGAUGGUAUUAUUUACCUGAAAGAAUUGGAACCUGUUAACACUCCAAUUGCAUUCUUUACCAUAAGAGAUCCAGAAGGUAAAUACAAGGUGAACUGCUAUCUGGAUGGUGAAGGACCAUUUAGGUUAUUGCCCUACAAACCAUACAGUAACGAGUAUCUUCUAGAAACGACAAAACCUAUGGAUUAUGAGCUACAGCAAUUCUAUGAAAUAGCCAUAGUAGCUUGGAACUCUGAGGGAUUUCAAGUCAAAAAAAUGAUUAAAGUGCAACUUUUAGAUGACAAUGAUAAUGCUCCUGUUUUCCUUCAACCCUUGGUAGAACUAACCAUUGAAGAAAAUAAUGCACCCAAUGCCUUUUUGACUAAGCUAGAUGCUACAGAUGCUGACAGUGAAGAGAGGGGCCAAGUUUCAUAUUUUCUGGGACCUGAUGCUCCAUCAUAUUUUUCCUUAGACAGUGUCACAGGAAUUCUGACAGUUUCUACUCAGCUGGAUCGAGAGGAGAAAGAAAAGUAUAGGUACACAGUCAGAGCUGUUGACUCUGGGAAGCCACCCCAAGAAUCAGUAGCUACUGUGGUUAUCACAGUGUUGGAUAAAAAUGACAACAGCCCUAGGUUCAUCAACAAGGACUUCAGCUUCUUUGUGCCAGAAAAUUUUCCAGGAUAUGGUGAAAUUGGAGUAAUUAGUGUCACAGACGCCGAUACUGGGCAAAACGGAUGGGUCGCUCUUUCCGUGGUGAACCAGAGUGAUAUUUUUGUCAUAGACACUGGAAAGGGCCUGCUGAGAGCUAAAGUCUCUUUGGACAGAGAGCAGCAAAGCUCCUACACUUUGUGGGUUGAAGCUGUUGAUGGGGGUACGCCUCCCCUCUCCUCUACUGCAAAAAUCACAAUUCUCCUUCUAGACAUUAACGACAACCCGCCUCUCGUUUUAUUUCCUCAGUCUAACAUGUCUUACUUGUUGGUGUUGCCUUCUACUCUCCCUGGCUCACUAGUUACAGAGGUGUAUGCAGUUGACAAAGACACAGGCAUGAAUGCUGUCAUAGCCUAUAGCAUCAUAGGGAGAAGAGGGCCUAGGCCUGAAUCCUUUAGAAUUGACCCUAAAACUGGCAACAUUACUUUGGAAGAGGCAUUGCUGCAGACAGAUUAUGGGCUCCAUCGUUUAUUGGUGAAAGUGAGUGAUCAUGGUUAUCCAGAACCUCUCCAUUCCACAGUUAUGGUGAAUCUAUUUGUCAAUGACACUGUCAGUAAUGAGAGCUACAUUGAGAAUCUUCUAAGAAAGGAACCAGAAAUUAGCAUAGAGGAGAAAGAACCACAGAUUUCAAUAGAACCAACUCAUAGGAAAGCUGAAUCCGUGUCCUGUAUGCCCACAUUAGUAGCUCUAUCUGUAAUAAGCUUGAGUUCUGUCACAUUCUUAACAGGGAUGGGCAUAUAUAUCUGUUUAAGGAGAGAGAAGAAACACCAUAGGGAGGAUGAAAAUUUGGAAGUACAAACUCCAUUAAAAGGAAAAAUUGACUUGCAUAUGAGAGAGAGGAAACCAAUGGAUAUUUCUAAUAUUUGAUUUUUUUUUUUUUUUUUUUUUUUUGCUGUGGAAUAGAAGAGACAUUUCAACUGAUUUUGGGGAUUUCUCACCACCAAAACAAGAAUGUGGAUGGCAGUUUGAAUGAAGGACAUCUAAUUUAUAACUUGUACUAUAUUGUAAAUAGCUGUUUACAGGUUUUUAAAUUCAAAAUCAGAAGUUAUAAUAUGUGUACAGAAAUUUUUAAAUGAAAUUGGUACUAACAGCUAUGGAGCUGUUAUUUAGAAAAUCUUGGACAUGAUUUGCAGCUUUCAUACACCAAGCAGAUGAUUGUUAAAACCUAGGAGUAAGGUAAGAAAAUGUACAUUGCAUUUUUUGUCUAAAAAGUCCUUUAACCACAAGAGGGCUUCAACUGCUCCUUUGCAGGGAACUAUUUUAAGGUAUUGUACAUGACAGUUGUACAUGAAAUUAAUGGAAGAGUCUAUUUUAAAUAUAUUGUUUUUAGCAUUAAACAAAGAUGAGAUUAAAUGGGAUUUCACCCUACUUAAAUAUAUGAUUAAAAAGAAAAUAAAUGCAUUUGUAAACAGAAUGUUUAUUACUUCACAAAUGCAUCAUGUAUAAUUUGAAAGAGAAGGCAUCUUUAAUUUGAAAAAGAAGGCAUCUGUGAAGAAGCACAGUUCUUUUUUAGCAAGGAUAAAUAUUUUGCCAUGUGUUAAAGAUCUAAUGUGCUGAAGAAUAAUUCACUUUCUGUGUACUCUCGUGGCUUUCUAUUUGCUUUACCACUGCAUUUACUGUUAAUACAGGAAAUUCUUUCUUAAAGAAAAUGUAACUAGAAGCUAUGUCCAAGAAAAACAACCAGAAGCAAAGAUAUGUUUCAAUCCUUAGUUGCUUAAUAGGUAUUUAUGACAUUUUGAUGCUUUCACAACUCGUCAGUAGUACUUUAUAUUUGGGCUUUGUGUUAGAUCUUAUAUACUUAAAUUCAUGUGUUACAUAAAAAAAAAGAAACCUUAUUAAAAUUAUUCUAGAAGCUGGUGGACGCUAUCUGUUGUUUUAGCAGGACUUUUUCUAUGAAAGUUAUACUUAUUGUUUUAUUGUUGUUUAGGUUUGUUGGCUACCAUUUCUGGCUUCCUUUCUUUGGCUUUGGAUUAGUUCCAAGAGUUUAUUUGUAAGCCCAGCAGCAGACCUCUUUGAUAAUUUAGCUUUUACUGAAUGCUUUGCAGUGAAGCAAGCUGGUUUAUCAGUGAUUGAUCACCCUCACUUCAUUGUGUGAGCUGGAAAUUUUAUUUUAUAUGAGAGCUAUAGCAAAAUUAUCUGUGUAAACAAAGAAUUUAUUAGCUUAAAUUGGAUCAUUCUACUUUUUGGCAUCAUGUAUCUGUACUGUACCAAAAGUGUUUAUAUGUCUGCAAAUUAAAGGUAUAUAUUUUCAUAA